CGUACGCCUGCACAGUCUGCCCCAAGAUGCAUACUUCAGGCCACGAUCUUAAAAUUCACAUUCGCACACACACAGGGGAAAAGCCGUACAAUUGCACAGUCUGCCCCAAGAUGUUUACUUCAGGCCAAGGUCUUAGACGUCACUUUCGCACACACACAGGGGAAAAGCCGCACAAUUGCACAGUCUGCCCCAAGAUGUUCACUUCAGGCCAAGAUCUUAAAAUUCACUUUCGCACACACACAGAGGAAAAGCCGUACAACUGCGUGCUCUGCCAGAAGACAUUUUCUACAGGUCAUCUGCUUAAAAGGCACCUCCGCGUACACACAGGUGCCAAGCUGCACGAGUGCGCAGUGUGCCAGAAGAAAUUUGCUCAAGGAAAUUAUCUGAAAAUUCACCUUCGCAUACACACAGGGGAAAAGCCGUACGCCUGCAUUGUCUGCCCCAAGAUGUAUACUUCAGGACAAGAUCUUAAAAUUCACCUUCGCACGCACACAGGGGAAAAGCCGUUCAACUGCACAGUCUGCCCCAAGACGUUUACUUCAGGCCGAAAUCUUAGAAGACACCUUUGCACACACGUAGGUGAAAAGCCGCACGAGUCUGCCUAAAGAGUUUGCUAAAUUUAAGCAAUCACCUCUCUACCCAAUCAAGACAUAAGCCUCACAAGUGAUCAAUCUAUACGAAGAAAUUUACUGCUGGUCAAAAUAUUAAAAGCCACCCUCGAACGCACUCAGGUGAAAAUUUCUAGACUGAUAAACCUAUUGUGCAACCGAUAGAAAUUUGCAAGCGUACCACUCGGUACCACUCCAAGUUGGGGUGUAUAAUUAGUUUGCAAGACAACAGUUUACCUUAUCUUAAACUCAUCUUCGUGCUUAAACCAGCGUAGGACCGCACUGUAAUAUUUUUUGUCGCGAUGACGUCAAUAUCAUAGCUAAUUUUUAAUUACAAGGGUGUCGUCGUGGGGUUUUUCGUCACAUGAUUAGGGUUUUCUUAUCAUGUGACGAAGAAAAAAACAUGACGACACCCCUGUACUAAAAAUUAGCCAUGGUAUUUUCGUCAUCGUGACAAAGAAAUUUUACAGCGCGGGUUCACCCUCGCACGCUCCGAAUGAAGUGUUCUGUUCAACUGUUACGUACCAUUUCGCCGAGUUUUC